AUGCGUCGGCACCAGCCUCCGUCUGCUCUGCCUCCAAACGAUCCUCUCUCUCUGCUCCGCGCAUACGACCACGAAUCCAAUCCUAGUCGCCCCAUUCGCUCUUCGCCGCUCACAGCUUCCACCAUUCAUGGCUUACCACUCGAGCUGACCGACCGCCUGCGCUCCUUUCCUCUGUUCGCAUCCGCUCCCGAUUCCUUCCUUGUCGCCAUUGGAAAGUUUCUGCGCCCACAGCUCUUUCAGCCACAUGAAUACAUCCUCACAGAAGGCGAUGACGCCAAAGCCAUGUACUGGUUGGUUCGCGGUUCGCUAAGGGUCACGUCAAGAGAUGGAGAAAGUACAUAUGCAGAACUCAAACCCGGCGCCUUCUUUGGCGAAAUUGGCAUUCUGAUGGACAUUCCGCGUACCGCCACCAUCAUUGCUCAGUUGCGCUCGCUGGUCUUGAAGCUUAACAAGGAAGACCUGCAGAAAGUCCUUCCAGCCUUUCCUGCUGUCGAGCGAGCCAUACGCGACGAGGCCACCGAACGCUUGUCGAUUCUCGAACGUCUAAAGAAGGAACGCGUCACGUUACCUGCUACCUCAGGUUUGCGCAAGCGAUCGCGUGACUUCAUUGAGCGCGAUGUCGACAUGCAAGAUGUAGGCCCUCAGGACGAUAGUAACAAGCGACGCAAAUCUCCCAGCCCUAGUCUUGCAGAGGCAGCCGCCAACAGCGUUUUGGGAAGCGCAAAUCUGACCGUCCGCCAGAUCCUGCAAGAGCUGCCUUUGUUCGCCGAACUACCUGCUGAGAUUCUACAUUUCCUGGGCGUCAACGCCCAGCCGUGUUGCUUUGGUCCAUUUACAGACAUCAUCACUCAAGGAUCACAGGGUCGGGAUGUCUUUUUCUUGGUGCGCGGCGAAGUCGAGGUUGUGACUGAAACGCCUGGCAAUAAAACCCACGAGAUAACAGGGAAGCCACUACCUGUGCAGCGUGUACGAGCUCGUCUUAAGCCUGGCCAGUACUUCGGCGAAGUCACUAGCCUCUCUCUGGCGCCAAAAAGAACAGCGACAGUUAGAUCUAUCAACAGCGUUGAAUGUCUGCGCAUCACAGGUCAAGUCUUGGAUGAGCUCUGGAAGAACUGGUCGUCGAGCCUACGCCAACAGGUCGAACAAGAGGCUAAGCGGAGAUUGAAAGAGGUCGAAGAUACAGAUAUUGUCCUGCCAGAUGCUCCUUCGGCUAUCGACGCCCUCUCAGCUCUACCACCGGAAGAUCAAUGGAAGAAGAGCGUACCCACUGUCACCUUCAGUAACACUGAACCUGGAAGUGCCUUUGUACGAGACAUGUCUCCUGUCGCAGCUGAACCCUUGGAUCCCGAUCCCUUCUUCAGCAUCGAUAUAGACAACGUGCGUGCAAAAUCAAGGAGAAGCUCUCUCGCGCCUCCGUCUCCAGAGCCGGUCAUGCACGAUACCGCCCAUCGCCAACCCUCACCUCCUUCUGUAGGCCGCGCUCUUCCAUCGUCUCCAUUGAAACCAAGGUCAUCGUUCUCGUCUGUAUCUCCUGCAUCAGACUCUCGGCGUCCUAUCAGCCGACGUCCCAGUGUUUUCGGCAGACCAUCUAGCCGGUCAGGAAGAGGCCCUCUACCAGAUUCGGUGCUUGUUAUGGUCUUCCAAUACCUUGAUCUGCCUGACCUCAUGCGCCUGAGACUGGUUUCGCCUCAUUGGACCCGUCUUUUGACCACGAAUCCGGAUGUCAUGCAAGACCUCGAUCUGUCACGAUACAACCGACGUGUCACGGACUAUGCCUUGAAAGAAGCCAUCUGUCCCUUCGUAGGAUCUCGUGCGCGUCAUGUCAACAUUAACAAUUGCUUCCAUGUAACUGAUGAUGGCUUCGCCGCGCUAGUCGAGUGUUGUGGAGAAAGCGUGCGUAGCUGGAGAAUGCGUAGCGUGUGGGACGUAACAGGACAAAGUAUCCUGGAUCUAGUAAAUCGUGCGAAGCGCCUAGAGGAUAUUGAUCUAAGCAACUGUAGAAAGGUUGGCGACAAUCUCCUAGCACGAAUCGUAGGCUGGAUCGUACCACAACCACCACCUGGACAAGCAGCACCUCUGCUACCACCAGUACCUUCUUCAUCUCGUCGGCCAGCGCUUAAACGCAAUGCAAGCAGCGCGGUGGUUCCACAGGCAGACCAACCCGCCCCAGGCACUGUGGUGGGAGCUGCAGGACUGAAGCGAUUGACACUGAGCUACUGCAAACACGUUCAAGACAGAAGUAUGGCGCACAUAGCUGCGCAUGCAGCAAACCGGCUUGAGAGCAUUGAUCUGACACGUUGUACUUCGGUCACGGAUCAAGGCUUCCAACAUUGGGGACUAUAUAACUUCUCACGAUUGCGUAAGCUCGUCCUGGCCGAUUGUACUUAUCUGACCGACCAGGCGAUUGUGGGUAUUGCAAACGCUGCGCGAGGGCUCAAGGAGCUGGACCUGUCUUUCUGCUGUGCACUUUCAGAUACAGCAACCGAAGUCCUUUCACUGGGCUUGACACAUCUCACACAUCUCGAUCUGGCCUUUUGUGGCUCGGCCGUCUCGGAUUCAAGCCUCCGUUGUAUCGGUUUGCAUCUUCUAGAGCUGGAAUAUUUGUCUGUACGCGGCUGCGUACGAGUAACCGGUCAAGGCGUAGAGAGCGUCGUUGACGGAUGCCCUCAUCUCUCACUUUUUGAUGUUAGUCAGUGCAAGAACCUGCUUCCAUGGCUGCGAUCCGGCGGUAUACAAGCCGUCAGGCAAAAGGGCUGUAAAGCAAGGUUUGAAGUCGUGGCUGAUGGGUCGUGGCGUGGUAGUGGAGCAGCAUAUAAGGGGUUGCAUUGCUCUAUUUAA